CCCACACGCACAAGCAGAGAGACAGAGAAGCAGGGCAAAUCGACAGAAAUGGCGACUCUGACGCAGGGGAUCCUCCUGAAGCUCCUCCAGUCCAUGAACUCCAACACCCGCGUCGCCGGCGAGCACCGUUCCGCCCUCCUCCAGGUCAUUGGCAUCGUCCCCGCCCUCUCUGCCCCCGACGACCUCUGGCCCAACCAUGGCUUCUUCCUCCACCUCUCCGACUCUCUCAACUCCACCUACGUCUCCCUCUCGGACCGCGACACCGACCUCAUCCUCUCCAACCGCCUCCAGCUCGGCCACUUCGUCUACGUUGACCGCCUCCUCCUCACCCCUGACUCCCCUGUCCCACGUGCCUCAGGCCUCCGGCCCCUCCCCGGCCGCCACCCCUUCCUCGGCUCUCCGGAGCCCCUCGUCGCCCGCAUCUCCCCCUCCCGCCGGGACUUUGUCAUCCAGCCGGCCUCCGAUUCUGACCUCUCCUCCGAUCCGGUCGCCGCCUGCUUGUCCCGCGAGCAGUUGGAUGGUGUGGUGAGGACGGAGAGCGACAAGGAGGAACCGAAGGCGGAGAAGCCUAGAUCGAGGCAGGCCCUUGCUCCGAGGGACAAUUUGCCUAAUUUGAACCCUGAUGCGGAGGCAAGAGUUUUGGCUCAGAAGCCCUCGAGAUUCUCGUCCCCUGGGACUGCAAAGAGGUUGGCGUCUGUCGGGAAGAAAACUGCCCCUGUUACAGAGAGAGAUCCAUCGCCUGCCGGAAAGGGGAAGCGGUCGGCGUCUCCGGCACCCUCCAAGUGCGUUGUGCCUAGCUUGGCGGCUGCGAAGGAAGAGAACAGGAGGAACUCGAGGGAACCUGCAAUUAUAGUGCCAUCGAGGUACAGGCAACCGUCGCCGAAUGCUCGGAGGCAGGCUUCACCAUGCACGAGGAGGGCUUCGCUUUCACCGGGGCGGAGAUUGUCAGGCGGUGUGAAGGUGUCGCCAGUGGUGAUGGACUCAGCAAGUAAGAAGAAGAUGGCUACAAUCGUUGCUGUCUCCAAGGUUUCGGAGGCGUUGGUCGGUUCAGGGAAGGCAGCACGGAAGAACUGGGAUGGGCAGCCAGUAUCACCAUCAGCAGCUCCAGCAACGGAGCAGAAAGAGAAGGCUCCUGGGAAAAGCAAACCCGAUCCGCAAGCAAUUUUGCGGACUCAGGCUGCUAUAUCUAGACGUCUUAGCGACGUGGCUGGAGGAAAGUCAAGCGGUGAUGAUCCGUCAAGCAAUGAGAAGGCAAAAUUCGGAACACCUGAGUUUAUCACUUCAGUUCCGGGAAUUACCAUUCAUGAUAAGAAAUGGACUGAUGGUAGUGUUCCUCUCGACUCUGUCUGUAAAGAACUUCAGAGGCUUGGGAAGGAGGCUAUGCAACGGAGACUUAUCGCCUCCAUUGCAGCUGCUGAAGCAUUGAAGGAGGCCACUGCUACCGAGUCACUUGUGAGGAAUUUAAGCAUGUUUUCAGAACUUUGUUCCACAUCCAAGGCUGGGAAUCCUUUACCCUCCAUUGAACGGUUCUUCUCGAUUUAUGACGAAGUUGUGAGUUUGACUGGUGUUGUCAAAUCUCUCUCUAGCAACCGUGCUUGUGUCGACGAUAGUAUCAUCUCCACAGCCCAAUCGAAAUUCUCUAUUUGGGUGGAGGCAGCUUUGGCCACUGAUCUUGAUAUCGUCAAUUUUUUAACUAAUCAGAAUAGUGAGCCGGCAUCAGCUCUUCAGAAAACGUUGCUGAAACGACAAUCUGUGAAGGCACAUGGCAAGAACCACAUGAAAGUGGCUUCCCCGUCACGAUCCGACUCUGCCUGUGCUUGGACUAGGGGUCACGGAAUUAAAGAAACUGCGGACUUUGCAAUGAAGUUGCAGUCUGAGAUGCAAAUGUGGUUUGUUAGUUUCAUUGAGGAUUCCCUGGAUGCAGGAUUUCGGGUGUUCGGCGAAUGCGGUGGCGGGAAAGUACUAAGUCUUGACUGCGGAUCUGUUACAGCUGUUUUGUCGCACUUGAAGAGUGUGAAUGAUUGGUUGGAUCGCGCCGUGCCUAAAAACGAUGAGUUUCUUAUGGAAAAGAUUGAGCAGCUGAAGCGGAAGAUAUACGGUUUUGUCAUUAAGCAUGUUGGUACGACCUUUGACAACUCUAUGUCGGUUGCUUUGUCUUGAAUUUCUUGUCGUCGUGAUUAAUAUCUGUCGAGUAUAUUUACAUACAUUUGUUCUUUCAUUCAGCAUUUUGGUUUUGACCCCAUGAUCUUCUUGCAACUAGCAAGCUUGGAUCAUUGAAGCACAUAAGGUCUGCAGUUAAACCUGAUUAAUAUU